AUGAGAAUAUUAAAAUUGGCAGCACUUAGUUGCUUAUUAUUUAUAGCACCAUCACUUUCAAUUAAUUGCGAUGGUUUAUCAAAAGAUCAAUGUGAACAAAACUUUCCUCAAUGUCAAAUUUUAACUGCAAAGAGUUGUUGUGGUGAAAGUAAAUCAUAUUGUGCUGAAAGAGAUAGUAACGAUUGUCUUGCUAGUAAAAUUUCAUGUAAAAAGGAUCCUCAAGGUAAUAUUUAUGAAUUUUGGAGUAGUUGUACACCAAGUAGUGGUUUCACAGAUUUUAUUCCAUCCAAUGCAACAUGUUCAUCAUUAAAUUGUAAUGCUCAACAAAUGAGUUGCAAAUAUGUUCAACAAGCAUGUCAUGAAACAUCAUGUUGUCCUGAUAUUCCUCAAUGUCAAAUUCCUGCAACUGGCGGUGGCCCAGCUACUGGAAGUGCAACUGGUCAAGGCACAUCAGGUGGUACACCAGGUUCUUGUGAUAAAGUUAAUUGUCCAAAUGGUUACAUUUGUACAAUAGUAAAUCAAUUAGCAGUAUGUGUUUCUCCAUCAUCCUCUUCGUCAAGUUCUUCAUCAACCACUGGCUCACAUACUACCACUGGUGGUUCAACCACUGGCUCACAUACUACUACUGGUGGUUCAACCACUGGCUCACAUACUACUACUGGUGGUUCAACCACUGGCUCACAUACUACUACUGGUGGUUCAACCACUGGCUCACAUACUACUACUGGUGGUUCAACUACUGGUCCAACAUGUGGUAAUGUUAACUGCCCAAGAGGUUACCAUUGUGAAGUUAGAGGUUCCCAAGCUGUUUGUGUUGCCGAUGAAUUUGACUCAUGUGCCAAUGUUGAUUGUGGUUCAGGUUACCAUUGUAAGAAUGGUGAAUGUAUUCGUGAUAAAGUAGAAUGCGAUGCAUGUGAUCAAAUUAACUGCCCAAAGGGUCAUCAUUGUAUAUCUCAACCAAAAGGUGGCUGGAUUGGUUCCCAUAAGAAACGUCACUGGCAAUUACACCCAGAACAUUGUGGCGGACGUCCAAAUAAGAUUAAAGUCAUCUGUGUUCCAUCACCAAAAGGUACUUGCAAGACUGUUCAAUGUCCAAAAGGUUACAAAUGCAAACUCUAUGCUGAUGGUCCAACAUGUGUAAAGAUUGAAAAACCAAAAUGUCUCACUUGUAAAGAUAUGCAUUGUGAGUCAAAUGGAUUACUCUGUGUCUUGACUCCACAAAAGAAGACUGAUGAAGAAUGUUGUCCAAUUAUUCCAAUCUGUAUCAAUCCAUCAACUAUUGCCGCAUCCACUAUUGCCACUACAACUGCAUCAACUCGUCACUCAACUGCCUCAACAAUUGCCUCAUUAGUCACUGGUACCACAAGUGGUGGUGGUGGUAUGGGUUCAUUUGGUGGUCGAUCCGAUGAAGAAUCAAGUGAUCCAAAUGCUAUACUUGGUCUCUUUGAAGACGAUAUUUUCUGGGGUGAUAAUGAUGAAUACUUUAGUGAUAACUACCGUUAUGUUGAUGAAGAAGAUAUUGAUGAAGAUUUCAAUGGUAAUGAUGAAUUUGAAAUUGAUGUUGAAGGUGAUUUCCAAGAAGAUGAUUUCGAAGAAGAAUAUGCAUUUUAUUAA